AUGGCGACAAAUUAUAAUAUAAAUGCAAUCACCAGACCUUAUAAACCUAGAAGAAUACGUUUGCCAAAUCCUAAUUGGCAUGAAGAUUUUUAUCGAAAUGGACGGCCUGAUGAAAAGGAUGUUAUUGUCAUUACAGACUCACCAACUCCUUCACAACUACUACAUCAAUUACCACAAUUACCACAACUUCAACUACAACAAAUCAGACAUGUUUCCCCUAUACCACCACCUAGACAAACUAGACAAAUUGAAACAAGAACAUUUAAGAGAAAAGCUUCACUUCUUCCUGACGACGAAAGCAUAAAUCAUCAAUACAUACCACUAUCAUCAGAACCUUAUCCGGUUAGAGAGUCUCAUUCUUCUUCUGUUACAUCUUCAUGUCAGGCAAUAAUACCUAAUCACGAUGAUAAAGAUGGUCAUUACAUUGUUAGAAUUGGAGAAGAUCUAACACCAAGAUAUCAAAUUAUUCGUAUAUUGGGACAAGGUACCUUUGGAAAAGUUGUUCAAUGUCUUGAUCGACUUACAAACCGAACUGUAGCAAUCAAGAUCAUUCGUUCAACUCAGAAGUAUCGGGACGCUAGCCGAAUUGAAAUUAGAGUAUUAAAUAUUCUUAGAGAUAGCGAUCCACCAAAUGCCUACAAAUGUAUUCAUCUUCGUGAUUGGUUUGAUUAUCGUAAUCAUAUUUGUAUGGUCUUCGAUUUAUAUGGAUCAUCACUUUUUGAUUUUCUAAAACUCAACAAUUUUUCACCAUUUCCGAUGAAUCAAAUACAAGAUGUUGCAAGACAAUUAUUGAAUUCUCCUGAAAAUAUUUUAUUGGUUAAUGAUGAUUAUAGAGUGAUAUCAUCUAGAAGAGUACCUGAUAAUCCAAAGCGUAUACUUAUUGAUACUGACAUUAGAUUGAUUGACUUUGGCAGUGCUACAUUCGAUGACGAAUAUCAUUCCUCAGUUGUAUCGACAAGACAUUAUAGAGCACCAGAGGUUAUACUAGGAUUAGGAUGGUCUUAUGCAUGUGAUAUUUGGUCUAUUGGAUGUAUUCUUGUAGAACUAUUUACUGGCGAGGCACUUUUCCAAACACAUGAAAAUCUAGAGCAUCUAGCAAUGAUGGAACAUGUUCUUGGAGAAAUUUCGGAUACCACUACCAAAAAAAGAUUAAAAUAUCUAAAGUCAAUGCGUACAUUAAAAGAAAUCAUUGAUCCUGAUAGAAGUACGUUUCGAGGAUUAUUUUAUGAUCUUGUUAAACAACUUUUAGAGUAUGAUCCAAUUUACAGAAUAACAGCUCGAGAUGCUCUCAGGCAUCCUAUUUUUUAUUAUACUUUUGAUGAAGAUGGUAGAAAACUCUGGUGA